AUGGUGGCCGCGAUAGGACGCUGCCUCGUCAUUUGGCUCCUUGUGGGGUUGGCUGUUGCGGAGCUGCGGCACGGCGGGCGUGCCCUGAAGGAGAAGGACAAGGAUGACAAGAAGAAGAAACAGCAAGCCGUGAAACAGCUGAAGGAGCAGGUUGCUCAGCUGACGCAGGAAAAGAACACCCUCAGCGACGAGGUCAAAAGCAAUGCCCGCGACGCCUCAGCCAAGGCCAGGCAGAUAGCCGAGCUCACCGCGCAGGUCUCCCAACAGCAGAGCACCAUCGCCAGCCUCCGGGCCGAAGUCGCAAAGAAGCAGCCCAGUGCUGCGGCCGGCAACGCCGAGAUGGAGGCGAAGAGGUUGGAGAAGCUCACUGCAGAGGCUUCGCGGCAACAGCAGGAGAUUGCAUCCCUCACUUCGCAGCUCUCAGCAUUGAAGAUCAAGCACGAGACGCUGCAGCAGGAGUACGGCGACCCGUCGCUUCGGUACUUCCUGGCCUCCAAGGCCACGAAGGUCUACGGAGAUCCAGGAAUCCAAGGCGCCGCCAACAAGACCUUCAAGUACGUCCUGCCGCACAUCGCCGAGGCGCUGAAGACCAGCACCGAGGUGUACGCGGCCCUGAACGAAUCACUGCUGGCUGCCGACGAUGUCUGCCUUCCUCGUCUAUGGCAUGAUCUGCUGCCCGGUAGGCCUGAUGCUCUCCUACGCGCUCGAAUGGGUUUGCAAGCUCCGGGAGCUCCUGCUUGCGACCUCUUUCUAUCUGUUUUGCAUUUCCGCAUUGGCGGCCGGUUUCGUCGCCGUGACGCAGCGGGAUCCGCUGAAGGAGCUCUACGAGCAUGA